GGGCGGUGCUGCGCCGGGCCCGGGAUGGCGGAGGCGGCUCAGGGCCGGGUGCAGGCGGCGGUGGAGAGCGCGGUGCAGGGGCUGGAGCGGGAGCGCAUCCGCGGCAUGCAGGGCGCCAUGUUCCGGUGCAGCGCGCGGUGCUGCGAGGACGGCGCGGCCUCCAUGCAGCAGGUGCAGCGGUGCAUCGAGCGGUGCCACGCGCCCCUGGCCCAGGCGCAGGCCAUCGUCACCGCCGAGCUGGAGCACUUCCAGGAUCGCCUGAGCCGCUGCACCCUGCACUGCAACGACAAGGCGAAGGACGCGCUGGAGGCGGGGGGCGCGGAGGCGCGGGUGCGCGCGCAGCUCGACGCCUGCCUGGCCGCCUGCGGGGACGAUCACCUGCGCCUCGUGCCCGCCAUGGCCAAGAAGAUGAAGGACAGCCUGGCCGCCCUCCAGCAGUAG